GGUUCUGCAGACAGGGCAACCUUGGUGAUACUAGAUGUCUUGCAUACUGAGGUUCUUGGGCUGGGCAUCUGGAAGCUUCCCAACAGUGCACAACUUGGAAAGAAGCAAUGGAGAGAUGUCAGCUUAGCCUUGGGCUCAAUAAAACAAAGUACAACUCUUAAGAAGAGAAUUAUUAAGCAAGAGGAAGAUAAUAAAAAUUGAAAACAAAAGAGUUUCUGCAAGCAGCACGCUGACAAUAAGAGAAUCUGAUCUUAUGCCUUUUUAAAGCAUCUUUCAUGAUGGCAGAGAGUACACUCUGCAGAUUUCCAUGAGACCGUCUCAUCUAUGGCCACCUUGCGGAGAGCCACCUAUAUUGCCAUAUCUAAAGCUCAUUAACAUUUACAAAUUAAAAGCCAGUGGGAAAGAACAUAAUCUUGGCAACUGCCUCUUGGGAAAUCUUACAACUGCAAGAGCGCCAUGGAAGAGUGCUUUAAAUACCAUCAUGGUUCAUCCAACCUCCUCACAAUUGUAUAGGAGGGCAUGUGGCCAAAGGCCUUGCAGGGAAGAGAUCGGGGUGCCCAAGCUCACGAUUGGCUGGGGGAGAAUGAUGCUGAGCGAGCCACUUAGCCCGCUCUUGCUUCAUGAGGAGCACGCCACAUGCUUCUUUGCACAUUCUUUUAAAUCCUCGUGUGGUUGGCAUUUGGAAAAAUAUCGACUGCAACCAGACGUCGCAAUCCUGAUGACAGCUCUUGAAAUCCCGUCUUUCUCACAGCAACGUCUACUGUCAGCUCCCCACCCUUGUCACCAGAGAGCCUUCCCCACCCAAGUUGCACUCCAAAUAGAAAGAAUUUCAGAUGUGCUUGUCCUGCUGUCUCCUCCGAAGGCCUUGACAAAUAUUCAGGUGGUAAAUAGCUCGAGAGAAAUGCUGCUGAUAAAAUUAGUUCAAAUAUUUCGCAGAAAACAAAACCUGACACCAUCACGAUACUUGAUAGCUCAGCACUUCCGAACCUUUCCAAACUCUCUUGCCCUCAAAGACCAAACGUGGGAUGAAUUGGGAGAUUGGGAUUGACGUAUAUACACU